ACCAUCCUCUCGUGACCUUUCCAAUGUACUUCAACCGGCUGAUACAGCUCAGUUACAACAAUCUCCAUUGCUUCAACUCCCAGAGACGCGCACUACAAUUACGCUUAUAUAUUCUGAUGUUGAACCUCGUCCAUGUCCCUCGCCGGUCGUUCGAGUCGAUGUUCCUGAGGCAAGCGGUGAUAACCCAUCUGCGCCCGUAGAGCUUUCCAUGAUCGCUGAAGAUGAUGAACCCGCAGAGCGUUCACGCCUUUCCAAUCUACCCUCUCAACCUUCACCGCCAUCCGGCUCUCGCAUUUCCUCAGAUACUCUAAUUCUUGACCGCCUUGCAGAUACAACAGAAGCUACGACCUACCCUAUACACCCUGUGGACAUGUCAACAUUGUCUUCCGCGAACACAUUUCACUCAAUAUCUCUCGACUCUUCCCCAAUAUUGACCAGGCUCUCGAACGCGCAUAGCGCACAGACAAAUGUUGCGUCUUCCUUCGUCGCAGAUACAGGCACACAAGGGGUGGAGGCAUCGGCGCAUCCAUCUCAUGAUGCUACCGCAACCGCAGUCGAGUUAAGACGUUCAGUUUCUCGUGGAGCAUCCCCUGUUCGUGAGGAAACUCUUCCACUGCGUGAUGAGGACAUGAUCGUCGACUCAUCCCAACACCCACCUCCGGCGUUCCCCGCGUUGCCUGGACCGAUGCUUCUUCGUAAAUCUAUACGCGUGCCACGAGAUCCGUCCGCAGGUUUAAGUAUGGCGACUGCGACACCCGGUGCGCCCGUCGGGAAAAGGACAUCCUGGUUGAUGAAAGCGCGGGAAGUCAAAGCCCUCGAAAAUAAACCGACAAAUGUGGUCGGCCCCUCGCACGAAAUAUCUUCUGCUAAGAGGAAGAGCUCAAUCAUGUUAGGUGACACUCAUUCACAAUCGCAGCGGGAGGAGGAGGAACGUCAGCCCAAAGCGAGCAAGCAAGCAGUUGCUGAUGUUGCACCUGUGAAUGCCAACACGAGUCAAGAAAGGCAAGUUGUCGUCGAGGAAGGGCCGGAAGUGUUCUCUGAAGAAACAGAGCCUUCUUCAACAGUGCAACUCGGCGUGCUAGACCAAUUCAAAAAGACCGUCCAGGGUCUGGGCAUUGGUAAGGGCAAGGGCAAAUCCUUGGGUGGAGCGGCAGCCGCCGGUGCACUUGCAGAAGCCAAAGCCCUAGCGGAGGCCAAAGUCGCAGAACGGAUUCAGAUGGGCGAAGAAGAAAUCACCAGGACGCUUGAGCCCCCUACCCCCACAGAGGCUCUUUUCGCUCCUCUCUUGAAGGAAAAUUCGAUUCCAGUGCUCAAGCGCAAGUCGAAUUCUGACCGCCUUAGCAUAUCUGAACUAGUCUUGGAUAAGAAUGUGAAGGGCAAAGAGAAAGUCCAGGAAGGAGAAACUUCCUCUCGACAAAAGGACGUGAUUUUGACCCAGGUUUUCGUACCUCCCUCGGGGCCUGUCUUUAACAAGCCUCCGCCUGUCUUCGUGCCUCCUUCACCGGUGAUUAAAUCCGUGCCCAAAACCAACGAUCCUCCAUUACUUCCAUCAAAGUACUCAAAACCUGCAUCGAUGGCGGUGGGCCUCUCGCCGAGUUUAAGGUUAUCUCCCGUAAAUCGACCACCAGUUGUUUCUGUUCAACCCACGUUGGAGAGUAUCCAUUCGGAUCGUUCAGAAAUGAUCUUUGAUAGUCAGGAUGCUCCCGCAUGGUUGCCGUCUACGCAGGAGACUGAAUACGAAGACUCUCAACCCCAGACUUACCUCAAUCAACUUGACGAGGAUGAUAGUUGGCCAUUAGAUGAGAAGCUUCCGGAAGGUGUGCAUUGGAAUUUCGGUGGAGACAGCACCAAUACAUGGAGUAGCAGUGAACCCAACCACACGGACAAGCUCUUCCCGGAGCAUACGAGCACUCAAACUAUGCCACUUGAAUCCCUCAAUCGCCAACCUAGCCCGGGUACUGUGCCUGGUGCAUUCGAGAUGGAUAUUGAUGACAUUGACGAUGAGUUUACUGCGGCAGACCUCAGCAUCGAUCCAGGAAAGCCGACCGUCAGUCUUGUGCAAGUAAGUGCUCAUUUUUUCUACACAAUGAGGUUACCGAGAAUAAAUUCUCUAGCCGAAACUGGACAGAAGCCAGAGUCAAUCGUCGAUGACAUCUACAUCGUCCUCACAGUCGAACGCAGGAGUGUUCAGUCAAGCAACAAAGUUUGUGAAUAACAUCCUUGGUACAAGCAAGAAGAGCAAGACCGAAGUGAAGAGCUUACAGCUUGCAGCUGCAGCGGCUAAGAAGGUAAAUCAAUUCUAUCUUGUUUCGCUGACCCGAUAUUGAGUAAACGGAUGUGGACAUAAGGAACAAGAAGAAAAAGACAAGAAAGCCACGGUGCUCAAGAACAUGGAAAUCAGACGUCAGCAGGCGAUCCAGCGGAAGGCAGAAGAAGAGAG